CAGGUGAUUCCCUUUAAGUGCAAUAUUUACAGAGCUGGAUUAACAGGGGCUGGCUGAAUGUCUGGUUUGUUUGAGGCUGAUCAGCUCGGGUAUUUCAACUUGGUGAUACCUAAAUCAUGAGUCUCAACUCUGACCAGAUCCUGCCAGAGGACUUUUAUCUGGCAGAAGAAAACUCUGUACUGGAAGAAAUGGCAGAAGAGGAUGAUGAAAUCGAUCUAUACAAUGAAGUUACAUUUGGAUUAGAUCAUGAAGAAUCAGAAGAUGAAGGCGGUAAAGAGGAGAACCAAAGCAAAAAGGCAGAUCAAAAACCUGAGCUGACUUGUGAAUACCAAGAGCUUUCAGAAAAACAGCGAGAGCUGGUAGAAUUCGGAGAGGAGACCAUAAAUCAAGAGGUGGAAAUUGUCACAGAAUAUCUGAAAGAUGCCGACCUUUCCCUAGAAAUGGAGAACCGAAGAGAAAGUACAAGAAUAGAUGAUUCCGAAUGGGGAGAUCCAGCGGUGAUGAAGGCCUUUCAUGCCCAGCCAGCUCUAGAGAGUGUGGACAGCGCUGUUGUUGAUAGUGGAAUUGGCUCUACCUGGACAGAGUUUGAUACGGACUACGAUUUGACCACAAUGGAUUCGAGUUCUUGGAUGGGCUCACCUAAAGUAACAUUGACACGUGCUGGACAAAUACUUGAGGAUAAGGCUAUCUUGAGAGUAAUGGACAAGGCACCAUAUUUGCCACCAGCCAACCUGGAGUUCCUGGGCUCCCCUAUGCAUCGCGGAUACAUGUGUGCACAAAGGCUGAAGGGUCUAGAGAUGGGUAGACUGUCCCCCAAGCCAUUUCGACAGCGGUUUCCUAGGCAGCAGUCUCCACUGAUGCCGCGCAGCAUGCGCCCACCUUUUCCAUUUACACCUCCCAGAAGACCGAUUCCACCAUUCUCCCCCAAUCAGUCUCCAGGUUUUAUGUCCCAGACUCCCUUCAGGCCAAUGUCUCCUAACGUCAGCACCCCUGUGAGACCAAUGACCCCAAAGAUGGUCAGGAUGCAGUUUGGUCCAAUGUCUCCAAGUCCCAGCAUGUCUCCAUUCUUUAGCCCCCUAGGCAACACAUUCCAGAGCUUUAAGUUUCCUGGACAUGUAACACAGCUGCAUCCACAACAUCGUAGAAUCCUUAGUCAACGACAACGCCCUCAAAGCUCCAGUCGUAAGCAGUGGGAUAGUAGACCUGAUCCUUAUGCAAGUUUAAUGUCUCAGAAGGAGAAAGAAUGGGUGAUCAAACUGCAAAUGAUCCAGCUACAAAGUGAAAACCCACAUCUAGAUGACUAUUACUACCAGACCUACUACGAGAAACUGGAGCGGCGGUUGGCUGAGGAAGAGUUUUUGGGUGAACGCAAAAAGAAGGAACCCCCUAAACUUGUUACUCCCUAUAUCCAGAAAGCCGAGACCUAUGAAUCUGUGGUUCACUUUGAAGGUUCUCUUGGACAGGUGGCAGUUUCAACCUGCUAUAGCCCCAGGAGGGCUAUAGAUGCAAUUUCCUAUGUAAUGCCAGAUGAGGAUAUUAAAGCUCUUGGUUACCAGAGGCUCAGGGUGCUCAAACACAUUGAAAAGCUCUUCAUUAGGUUGCUGGAGGUGGAAGAGACGGAGAGAAAAAUACAUUAUAUGCCUGGAGACCAACAUCACCGCUACCAACAAAAACAGAGCUACAAAGUUCAAAGCAUCUAUGAAGCUCUGAAGAUUGCAGUGUGCAGCUGUGAAGAUGAGUCAGAGGAUGAGUUUCUGCAAAUUUUGCAAGUUGGGAAGGGGAAGAAGUUGGUCGCUCGGCUCCUCAAGUUCCUCCACAGUGAACAAACAGUGGAAAUCCUUUUGACUGUUGUACAGCAUUUGUCCUACCUCAUAAAGAAUGACACCACUGAAAAGUCCCUUCCAGUUCUCUAUGGACCUCUGACAUCUAUAGUUAAUGAACUACCAUUUACUGAGUUAAUCCGAGUAAUUCAAGAACUUACCACGCCUUUGCCAGGGAGUCCAGAUUUGCCACUUAGAUUGGCAUUCCAGAACCAGUUUGGAAUCUCCCUGUUGUAUGCAUUACUGAGCCAUGGAGAGAGCCUAUUGUCUUCUGAUACACCAAUGGAGCCAUGCAUUGGGGACUUUGAAAAAUGGACCGAUACAGUGUUCCUUGUAGCAAAGGAGCUCUCCCAUGUUUCCAAAUCCUCUAUGGUGGAGCCGCUCUUUCUGCCAAGCAAUUUGCUUUCCUUAUUUUGCCGUUACCUGGACAAGCAGACUAUUCAUAAACUAGAGGACAAAAUGGAAUGUCCUACAGCACCCCCCUACUCUGCUGUGCCUUCAUGAAAACUGAAUAAAAAAUGAAGAGAUCAGCAUUUGCUUCGCUCACCACAAACUGGUGGAUGGAGGUUCCGUUUUUGGAAACUUAAAUAUUUAAUCCUGUUUUUAAAGGAAUUUUUUGCUUUGUUUCGUCUAACUUUUUGAUGUGAAUUUCCAGCUUUAAGGAGCAUGAGCAGGAGAGCCUGAGAGGCUGUGCCGUGUUCCCUUUUUGUUUGGAAUAAUUGCAAGAAAACAAGUGAUGUAAAAAUAUGGGGGGUGUAAGUGAUGAAUGUAAUUUAUAUUUUUUGUUUGCCAAUUUUGCACAGCGUUCACUUUUGGCAUGUACAGCACUUGCAAAAUAAACGAAAAGAAAGUA